UCAAAGAAAGAACACAAAAAUUUCGAAAUCGACCGAAGUUCUCGCCUGACACCGAAGUUGUACGGGCUGCCGUUUACCAUUCAGAAAGUAUGGGAGAAGUUUGCUUCAACCAAAAUCAACAUUUUGACUGUGAAUGCAGCAGACCUCUCAGUGACUUUGCAACUCUUCCCCCAAAACUCUCUUGGAAAGUAGGACCAACUCCUCCACCUCCACCUAUAUCAGAAGGGUUUAAUUUUGGAUGGUUUUUUGGAAGUAUAUUUGCGAGUGGAUGUAUAGCUCUGAUUGCUUUUAUUAUUGUGUACUAUAGGAAUAUUAUUCGGAGUUGGUUGGAGAGAACGUCCUGUGGCAAAAAUAUCUUAUGGCUUUUGGAUUCUAUCUCAAGUAGCUUGAGUUGCUGUGGAGAGAUAAUCUUAAGUUGUUUUCCAUGUAAGAUUUGUAGUAAAUAUGAGUCACCCAAUGACAACGAUAAUGAAGGCCGACAGACAGACCCCAGUAGACGGGCAAAUGAACAAGGAGAUGAAGAAGAAAAAGAAAGCAUGAUGGUUCUUGAAGAUGGCAUAAGAGAUGACAGAGGUGCUGCAGGAAAUAUGUUGGCAAAUGAAAGGGAAGUUGAAGAAGCAAAAGAAAGCAUGGUGAUCCCUUUAGAUGACUUAAAUGAUGUAGGAAAUGCUUCCGAGGCUUGACAGACAAAUUUAGGCAAGUGGAGUGUAUUAUUCCCAUCAUCCUCUGUCAGUUUAGCCUUAUGAAAGUACAUGUAUGUGUAGCAUGUACAGAAAUGGUUUAUAAGGGAAGAUGUCUCUGAAGUCAAGUUAGACUCGAUAACAGUCGAAAAGGGGUUAUAAAAAUAUAAAAGUUUAAUGUUAAUUCAUCUAUAAUGUGAUGUGUUGUUAUUGCUAUACACAUAUCAAUGUUUUGUGCAAGGUUAGGGACU